GCCGCCGGGGCUGGGCAGGACGGGCAGGACCGGCUCCUCGGCGGCCCGGGGCUCGGUGUCGGGGCGCCGUUUGGAGAGGGAGCCAGCCCCGCGGGCGGAGGAGCGGGCCCCUCGGCGCCAUGUCUCAGGCCACUUACAAUAAGAUGUGGACAGAUGCCCAGAAAGACCUCGACGUCCAGCUCCAGAGAGAAAGAGAAGAGUUCCUCCAGCCAGAGAAGGACCACGUGAAAGCAUUCAAGAUGUUGGCCGGUUCCUACAUCAAAUACAUGCAAAUCUUCCGAAAUUUGGAGACGGCCCACGACCAACUCCUUCACCAGCAGAAGCGGGCAGUGAUUCGGCAAGUGCUAGAUGGCGUGAUUGGCCGGAUCCUGGAGAUGAAAAAAGAGAUGGUGGGGCUGGAGAACUCAGAGUUUCAUUACAUUGACAAUAUCCUGGAAGAUCUAAAGCUUCUCCCGGAAGACAUAGAAGUACCUAUACCAAGGUAUUUCAUUAAAGAAAAGCUGGAAGUCCUGCAGCAGAGGGAGAAAAUCCUGGAUGAGAUUUUGCUGAAUGCUGGAUUGCAGACAGAGAAACCUGUCAAGGCCAUGACACUUGAAGAAGCCAUUAAAAUGAUCCAAGUUGCAGAACGGGCUCGCCAAGGCCGUUGUCGAGCAGCAUUCAUCAAGCAAAUCUACCUUGAAGAUAAGAGAGCAGGACAAGCUAAGCAGGAGAUCCAGAUGGGUCCAAGUCCAGAUGAGGCUGCCACUCGCAUUCAAAAGGUUUGCCGUGGAUACAUCCAGCGCAAGAAAACAGAGAAAAUGAGAGAAGAGGAAAUGAUAUUUCUGGGGAUGAGCCUGCCUCCUCACUUAAAGGCAACGAGUGGUUCAUGGAUGCACCCUGGGCAAGUAGACACCCUGCAAGGUGAGGUCCAGGCAAGCCAGGAGGAGAUAUUCAUCAAGGACAAGCUGAGAGAAACAGAGGGGCCUGACAUCAAGGAAACUCUCCAGGAUCAGAUUGGCAGAUGUUUCAUCGAGUGCCGGCACAUCAUAGGCAAGUUUCCUGACUAUCCUACUAAAGAGGCAGGAGGCUCAAUGGCUAUGCUUUCUGAAAAAACUCCAGAGCAGGUUGCUGCAGAACUAGCUGCCAAAAAAGAGAUGGCUUUGCAGAAAAAAGCCGAAAAGGAGAAAAAACAAAAAGGAGGGAAGGAAAAAACGAAAGAGAAAAAACCACAGAAAACUGGAAAGAAAGAAGAGGAGGAAGGCUGGAAAAUGGCUCCCAGUAAUUUCCUUUCAAUAAUGGAGGAAGGAAACAGUCAAUACAAAGCCGUUUGGCAGAACAGAGACGAGGGAUGGGAUUUUUUCCAGGAUCAUGACCCAGAGCUGAUCAAAGAGGAGAAACGGGAAGAAGUGGAGGAAGAGAUCAGAGAGCAGGUUGAUGAAUUGAUGCAACAGAAACUGGAGCGUCUCAAACUGGCUGUGGAUGGAGAGAAGAGCAGCAAACAGAAAAAAGGAAGAAAAAGUGAAAAGAAAAAAAAGACGACCACGAAGAAGAAGAUAUCUGAGAUGGAGGAAGAUCUAACUCCUGACAGGACCAUCGAUUCCCUGUACAGAGAGCUAGCGGAAGAAGGAUUGCUAAUAAAAGCCAAGACUGUGAAUCUCUCCGAUUACGUUGGAGAGCACUGCUACCUGGGGACCGCGCUUCGCCAGGUAGACGUCGAGCCAAUGCCCUCUCUCGCAGAUGUCAGACAGCUGAUAGCACUGUAUGGAAUAUUGCCAUUAGGCUCCCAGAUAGUCCAUGAGAAGGCUCCUGUGGUGAAGGCCUUGUUACUGGCUGGACCUGCUGGUGUUGGAAAGAAAAUGCUGGUCCAUGCCAUCUGCACAGAAACAGGAGCCAACCUCUUCAACUUAUCCUCUUCCAACAUCGCUGGGAAAUAUCCAGGCAAGAGCGGCCUGCAAAUGAUGCUCCACAUGGUUCUCAAGGUGGCUAAGCAAUUGCAGCCUUCGGUCGUGUGGAUUGGAGACACAGAAAAAAUAUUUUCUAAAGGAGUGCAGAAAGCUGGA